AUGAAAGAAUCGACCAACCAGCCACAACAGGAGGAAGAGCGCGAAUACAUCGGACUGCACGACUUCCGCACGGCGUUCGUCGCAGCAGAAGCUGCUCUCCCUGCCAACAGCGCCGUUCGCGGGCUGAUGACCGACAAGGAAGUGAUCCACAUCUUCGUGUACUUCGACGUGGACAGCAUUGGCGCAAUGAAGCUUCUAUCCGUCGUAGAGUUCUGCGUAAAAAAUCGUUGCUACUGCUUCAAAACCCUCUUGACGUCUGUUGAGUUGAGGAACUUGGCGUACAACGGCGCAAUGUCGUUGUAG